GUGGAUGUCCUUUUUCGAGUGAAAAGAACAACUUAAUGGUAUAUUCAAAAAGAGGGAAGAUUUGUGUGUAGUUUCAAAGUUGCAGUAGCCGCACGAUGAAGCGAAAGACCAUGGAGCGCGUUCGACAUCGCAUGCGCGGGACUGUCGCGCUAAAGAUCGCAGCAUACUACGCGACGUUCGUGCAUAACGGCAAGGCUGUGCUGGCCGGUGAGGAGCCGAAAGUAGAGUGCGUUUCCCGUGAAAGCUGUGAGGUGACAAUCCAAGUGGACUGGCCGGAAAGAAAAUCUGCGGAGGAUCGACUUCAGGCGGUGCACCGCAUUCGCCAUGACUUAGCUGCGCGAGCGCGCAACCACGGCACGCCUUGCGCUGUCGACGUUCGCAUGGAGUUCAACGACCAAGCGAAUGCUGCGUCGGCGUCUCCACCACAGGAGAUCUCGUCCUCCUCCUCAUGCGGGCGCGUAGAGAACCUCAUUGUGCACGGUGAGGAGACAUACAUCGACGCCGACGUCGUGAGCCUUUUCUUGGUUCCAAUGUACCUGGCGGAACAGAUCACAAAGGCCAAGCAAUCCCCGUCGGCCGAGAUGGUCACUAGUAGCGAAGGCACGGGUGGUGCAUCCAGGGGAGCAGACCUGAACUUGCAGCUCGGUCGUCUCAAAUUCGGUGACAACGUAGUCGCGGAACUUGAUAAGUGCCGCAGUUUCGAUAAAGUACAGAAGUCGGAAGUAAAUGAGGGCACCAGCGGUUCUCUUGACGAAAGUAGCAGAGGAGGCGCGCUGGAAGAAAUUGACCUUUGGCUAGAGCGCGGAGGGCCCUUCGGCCACAGAAAAGCACAGAUCGCGAUGGCUCUGCGCCUGCUGGUCGCCGCAGACGUGUUCCCGGGCGGUGUGUUUUUCGGAGAUACAAAGUCGCGGAGAUUUCCCUUGGAAGGACACUACGGCCUGGCGCAAACUCUCCGACAAAAAAGCCACCACUGGAUUCAAAGCAUUCUGAAUGGUGCUCAUGUUGGUGAUGGCGCUCGUUUUUGGUUCUUUGCAUUUUGACAAGCUUGUAGAAAACUUGGAAAAAGCCGCAACAUAGACGGUAUUGUGAAGUCCGGAUGAGAAUGAAAUGUUGUUCUACACAGGUCAGAUUCCCCGGGCGAAGCAGCGAAGGUAUCACGAAGAUUCCUUCUACGACGCUAGACGGAACGAGCUUCUGUACUGCGCCACUGCAGUCGUACUUUUCACGAUGUGCGCCACGUAUUUCCGGUACUCCAUUCUAAAGCUUCGAAGCCCGCGGGAGAUGCUUCUGCAGGGCAGGAAUUCUAUGGAUUGUAAAAAUGUCUGGGUCUGGAAGAUUCUAAACUUGUAAUGCUGUCUCUGGAUUCUAAAAAAAUUUGUAUUGCAUGACCAGCAAAAGGACGACUCCAGUUUGUGCUACGUGGAGAGGGCAUUUCUCAUGCGGUAGAGGCAUCACAAAGGCCUCGAAAAAUCUGUCAUGCUAGAGCAUGCAUCACAGACAUCAUGAGUUUUCCAAAAUAUGCAUCACAAACCUGGCAAGCUUCCAGACCCAGACACUUUUACAUUUUAUAAAUCCCGGCACGGUGCAACAGGAGGCUGAGCAAACCAUCGAGGUGGCGAUGCGCGAAAUCGAUUCUCGGUUGCACAGAUCUCCACGGGACCGUCCCGACAAACCCAUCAUGGAGGACAUGGAGUGA